CUCUAUAUUACAUACUAAUCUCUCUCUGAUCUCUUACUUGAGCUUGCUUAAUUAGUACACACAAAAUGCACCAAGCAAUUCCAUACAAGUCAUGGGCACCAAUUGGCACCACCACCGUAGUACCACUGAUCAGACGUCCAAAUCCGACCGCUGUGGCGGCCGAAGACAAAAUCAUCCAAGGAACAAGGAAUGAUCAUGUGAUGAUCAAGAACAUGGUGUCCGAGACGGCGGUGAUCGUGUUCACGAGACGCGGGUGCUGCAUGGGACAUGUAGUGCAGCGAUUGCUUUUAGGCCACGGUGUCAACCCAACCCUGUACGAGGUUGGUGAGGGAAAGGAGGACGAGAUUGCUGUUGCAAAGGAGUUGGAGAUGAUUUGUGGUGGUUCGAAAUCAAAGGUGGUUGUUAUGUUUCCUGCUGUGUUUAUUGGUGGUGAGUUGUUUGGGGGAUUGGAAAGUGUUAUUGCUGCUCAUAUAUCUGGGGAAUUGGUUCCCGUUUUGAAACAAGCUGGGGCCUUGUGGCUUUGAUCUUACUUUUUCAUUUUAAUGUAGAUUUUUUUGGAAUUGUUGGGUUCUCUUUUUUGCUGGAAUUUAGGAAUUGUUGGCAUUUUCCUAGCUUGUGUGUAGAUUUUAGAGUUUGGGAUACGAAUUUGUUGUUGAACAAAAUAAAGACGGUCUUUCUUCA